CCAUGACUUUCUUUCUUCUUCUUUUUUUACAUUUGAUAAAAUACAACUUUAUUAGUAACAAAUGAGACACAAAAUUGACAAACUUUAAAAAAAAAAAUGUAACACUAUUGUCUGUGUUGUCUCUAUUUGCUUCAGUAGAUCUGCACUCUUUCUAACGGUGCAUUUAAAAUAAUUAACAUGUAUAAACUAAACAAAUAUCCACAGGUCAUAAAAAACUUGAUAUUUGAAAAAAUGUUUUAGUGCAUUUAACAACAGAAUUCAUCAGCAGAUAGCAGCUCCUUGUUUCUGCAACAUUAUUAAGCUAACAUAAACAAGUUUGAUAAUCUCCCUUGUCUCCAUUGAUGCAAAUUAUCUCCAUUAAUUUUCCAGAUAAAUCAGGCAACCGAUUAAUUUGUCUACCACUAGUGUUUUCUUUAACAUGAGUGUAUUAUUUGAAUGCUUUCUAUUUUUUCCUCCACAUGCUGUAAUGUGACUGUAACUCUAAUUAUGAGCAAUACUACAUGACAUGUUAUUUAUUCUAUUGGUUUUUUUAUGCUACUCAUUGUAUAAUUUAUUAUUGUAUAUCUUUAUCAGUUUGGUAUUUCUGUUUGUGUAUCUGGAUUUUGGAUGUGCUGCCUUUUAAGUCUCCCCUGGCAGCCUGUUGUAGGUCACAGGCUGUGGAUGCCCUAAUCGUCCUCUGUACCUUUAAGGGAACCACGUACCUUUUCCAUCCAGUAGAUUCUGCGUGAUAUGAACUACCAUCAACCUUUAUUCCCACAGUGGAGCAGAUGAGGAGGGGUGAUGCUGGAGCACUCUUUGCCGCCUCUGCAGCAUUUCAUUAGUUUGUGAGAACAAAAGCUGUGUUUACAUUUUGACUUUGACUUUUCUGCUGUCAUUUUUUAUCUAUCUUUAUUUGUAAUUGAUCCUCAUUUAGAGAUGAAGUGUGUUUUUGCAGUCCGGUUGUUUUUGGGAAUCCUUCUCUGUGCACCGUUCCAGUGCUUGGAGUGUCCUUUGGGCUGCGAGUGUUUUGAUGUCACUCGCACAGUGAAAUGUGUUUCUAAGGAUCUGCUCACGGUGCCACAAAGUAUUCCAGGAUAUGCAAAGACUGUCAUCAUCACAGGGAAUAAUAUUCACCACAUUGGACCUGAUUCGUUUACAGAGCUGGAGAAUGUCACCAACAUCCUUUUAAGCAAUAAUAGGGUUACAGAGAUGGCGUCCCACAGUUUCUCUUCCCUCCUCAACCUGCGCUUCCUGGACCUGAGUGAGAACCAGCUGGCCCUCAUUCACCCCGAGGCCCUCAGCAUCCCCGGCAGCCCCCUUCAGGAGCUCAACCUGAGCCGCUCGCUGUAUAACUUCUCCGCCCUGACGGACCUGACCACGGCGCUACGCUGGGGCGGCCUCAGGGGUCUCCUCCGCCUCGACCUCUCUGGGAACCACCUGGCCCUGCUGCCCCCCGGGAUGUUCUCCCACCUUCCCAACCUGCAGCAGCUCUUCCUCUCCAACAACUCCCUGAUGGUGGUCUACAGCGGAACCUUCUCCGGUAUGAACCAUCUGGAGGUGCUCGACCUUUCCCACAACGCCUUCACCACAUUCAGGGCUGACGCUCUGCAAGAGCUGGAGAAGCUCGGGAACAUCCGGAUCCUCCUCGGCGACAACCCUUACACCUGCUCCUGUGAGAUCAGUCGUUUUGUGGCCUGGCUGAAUGAAUCAAGAGCUCAGGUUGAUGUGGAGGCUGUGAAGUGUUCCUCGCCAGGAGGAUUAAAUGACACCCGGCUGCGAGGGUUAGGUGUCCAAGCUAUUGGAUGUGUUGUUCCGGUUGAAGCAGAGGGGGCAGACCUCAGCCUGCAGACGUCCUACGUGUUCCUCGGGCUGGUGCUGGGGUUUGUGGGCAUGGUCUUUCUCUUUGUGCUCUACCUGAAUCGCAAAGGUAUGAAGAAGUGGAUCAUUGAAACGAGAGAUGCAUGCCAGGACAUCAUGGAGGGGUAUCACUACAGAUAUGAGAUCGACUCGGACCCUCGGCUGGGGCACAUCUCUGCAGAUAACGGGGGCAGCAGGGCCCGGGGGCAUCUAGCUCGGCCUCAGCAGCUGCCAAGUGACUCGUGUACUGUCCAGCUUCCCACCGACACACAGGUCAAACAUCUGACCACCUCCCUACCUGUGAACCUAUGAUCUUCUGAUGAUGCUAGAGUCAUUGAUAAAACAUGUGGAAGUGAAUAGUUAACCCAUUGACGCCUGAAACGCCUGUAAAACCUCUGGGUGAUUUUAAAAUAAGCCCCUAAAACCUGAAGUUUUUCUGGAAAUUCAACAGAAGUGUCAACGCUUCGACUAAAUAAAAGAUUUUUCAGCCUCUGUAGCAGAUAGAAAUGAAAUUCAAAAAGUAUUUGAGAGCUUAUACAAAUACUACAAAACGACAUAUCCGCUUUCCAGGCUUCAAUGGGUUAAUGCUGGUAGAUUUUAGGGGUAUCACAAUUUAAAUUUUCUAAAUUGAAAAUUGAUCAGAACCAGCUUUUAAUUUUAAUAUUGAAAUGACAUAUAUUGGGGAGAGAUUUUGGCCCUGUGUCACAGCAUGUGUGCGAACAUAUAAAGGUGCAGAAUUUCAACUUCAACUUUCACUUUAUGAUCCUGAAGGAAGUUUGAUCUGCAACAGUAACAAUACAAAAAAAAAUCCACACCACAAAUGAGAGCAAGGUACACCUGCCACACUAAACCUGGAGCUAAAAAAAACAAGCUAAAAACAUUAUAAACAGCAAUUGACAUAAUGCAUGUUAAGUUAAGUGCUGUACAGAGCUGUAGGAAAUUAAAUUGAAAUAAAUACAUAUUCAAUCCAGGCUAAUCCAAGAUAUCUAAAAAGGAUACACAUAAAAGAAAGCAAGUUAGUGGAUGCAAAGUUUCAUCAUCAGUUGUUAUGUUGCAUCAAUUUUCAAUUAAAAAAAUCAAAAGCAGGAUUGUUAAAAAAUAAAUUUUGACCAUAUGGCUUCAGAGUGGUAUGUUAUGCCAGUUGUAUCACACAUGUAUCUUGGCAAAGAAUCAUAAAACCAGUGAACGAUUAAAGCCUUGAUAGUCUAAUAAUGGCAUGGCUGUCAGUGCUGAAAAUACAACGUUAAAUUAAAGAAAUUAAUUGACCUGUGAUCUUAGAAGUGUAAUUGAAUCGUAACACCCCUCGUAGACAGUGGCGGUUCUACACAGGGGCCUCCAGGGGCCACUGCCCCUGUGAAGAAGCCCUUGGCCCCUGCUGUGGCCCCUGUGUCAAAUUAAUAAUAAAAUGAUCAAUUUAUAACAAUGAACGACAGAACAGUUCUUACCUAUUUUUUGUUCAAACAAUAUCUCAUUGUACACAAAAGGAACCCAGAAUGUGAACAUUGUAUAAUAGUUUAAUUGCGCAAUAAAAGCUAAAUAUAAAGAUCAUUCUCACUGUACUGCACUUUCAAAAUAAAAAAAAGUAAUUGUGCAUAAAAAUGAGAAAUGCCAUUGUCGUAUAAAAAUAACUGUUAAUGUUGGUAACUCUCAUUGCUUCAAUCAAUGUAGUUCCAAAUAUGAGACUUUUAGCUAAAAAAAAGGUUUUGAAUGCUUAAAUAUCAUUUUUGACGAUUUUUAAUGUGCCCCUCUGAUUAAACACUGGCCCCUCCUUGGCCCCCACAAUAAAACCGGUCUAGAAUCGCCACUGCUCGUAGAUUUACAGUUUCUGUUGUUGAUCUUCCUGUACAUCCUGCAGUUAUCUCUUAUAAAUCUCACCAUCAAAGUGCCUUUUGUGUUUCUAUCUGUAAACUGACCUUAUAUUGUGUGUUUAUCAUACAUUUUAUACAAACGUUAUACACAGGUUAUAUCUCAGUUUUUGUCAACUGUGGUUUCUUUGCUUUUCAGUGUUGGUAUAAUGACUUUUAAUAUCUUAGCAUACUGCAGAGGACUGCCAGAAAGAUAAAUGGCAUAGAUGGUAGCUCAAUGGCAUGAAACAUGUAUAUUGACCUAAGAAACUGUAAUCUAUAGACACUGAGACAGUUAAUCCUGUAACACGUCUUUAUUCGUGGUGUAGUGGUAGGUAAUGUGGUAGGUGAAUGACUAGGUAUCUAGGUAGGUUACUAAGGAGGAAGUGGAUAGACGCUCCUAUAUCUUCCAGUGGCUCUUUGGCUGAUAGGAGGAUAAACUGUAAAAUGCCAGAAGAAGAGGUGGGUAUUUCCAGAAUACCCUCCACUGCACCACUGGUCUUUAUUAGAUUAAUAUUUAAUUGAAUAAUUUUAUUGAAUUAACUAUGUAUCUUUAUUGUGCCAGAAUUCAUCACGUGACCAGUAUUAUAGUUUGCAAAUCAAUAGAUUUCAAUUCUACUGUAUGAAACGUGUAUUGACCUUAAUUAUAAAUAAAAAUAAAC